GCGGCGGCUACCGGGUUGGAUCCGGCGGUUCGCCGCGGGCUGACCCGGAGCGGCGGCGCGGGCGGGCCGCGGGGGUUGUUUCUCGGCGCCGCCGCCUCUUCCCCCCCCCCCCCCCCCGCACUCCCUCGGCCGCGGGGAGGAACCGUGUCCCCCCGGCGCUCGGAGCCGCCGGUCCCGGGCGGGGCGGGGCGGGGCGGCGGGGCCGCCCCCGGUGGCGGCGCGGCGGGCGGGGCCGGCACCGCCUCGCCGCACAAAGCCGUGUGCCCGGGCGGAGCUAUCGCUGGGACCGCACCGGCAUCGGCAUCGCCGCACCGGUACCGGCACCGCCCCCGCCCCGCCGGGCGGCAGCGAUGUGAGGGGGUGAUGGCCGCGGGGCAUGGCCGCCGGACAGCGGCGGGGCGGGCGGCGGCGGGCGCUGAGCGCCGCCGGUGAAAAUGGAGCCGCAUCCGCCGGCGGCCGUGCCCGAGCCCCCGCUCCCCCGGGGGCCGCGGCGGGACGGGCCGGAGCCGGGCCUGGAGCCGGGCCUCUGGGCACCUGAGGCCGCCGAGCCCGCCCCGGGGCCGCCGCCGUGGUCCCCGGCGGAGCGGAGGGGCUGCCCGGCCCUGGAGGGCCCCGCCGAGCCCCCGGCCCGGCCGGAGGAGGAGCCGCGCCUCCGCCCCGUCUUCGACGCCCUGGACCGCGACGGUGACGGCUUCGUGCGUGUGGAAGAGUUCGUCCAGUUCGCCACGGCCUACGGUGCCGAGCAGGUAAAGGACCUAACUAAGUACCUCGAUCCAAGCGGACUUGGAGUCAUCAGCUUCGAAGAUUUCCAUCGGGGGAUCAGAGCUAUCAAAAAUGGAGAUCCUGACAGCCAAUUGUAUGAUAUGGGAUAUACCCCUGAGGAGGAAGCCCCGGCCUGUCCUGAUGAGUUUGAUGACUUUGUCACGUUUGAGGCUAAUGAGGUGACUGACAGUGCUUACAUGGGCUCAGAGAGCACGUACAGCGAGUGCGAAACCUUCACGGAUGAAGACACCAGCACACUAGUACAUCACGAGAUGCACGACGAAGUAGAAACAGACAGUGCCAUCGACUCCACCGUGCACUCGGAGUUCACGGAUCCCAUCGAGGAGCCGGAGCAUGGAUCCCACCCGCACGACCUGCCCCUGGGCUCGGACCUCGGCCACUCCAUCGUUACGGUCAUUAGCGGAGAGGAGCAUUUUGAGGAUUACGGAGAAGGGAAUGAAGCAGAUUUGUUCUCGGACAGCUUGUGUAAUGGGGAAAGCAGCUUUAACAGCUCCUCGUUCCUCUCUCCCAGCACCAAUCCGCUCGCUGCGAAACUGCACAGCAUUAUCGCAGAUGAAGCAUUUGAGUUUUACUGUAGCCAGUGCCACAAACAAAUCAACCGCCUCGAGGAUCUUUCUGCUCGCCUGAAUGAUCUUGAAAUGAAUAGUCCAAAUAAAAGACUCUCAAGCAAGAAGGUGGCAAGACAGUUGCAUCAGACGAGCGCGUUGUCCGUGGGGGUGAUGGAGGACUCUUACCGGGAUACGCUGGAGUGCGCAGAAGAGGACAUCACGGACAAGGUCGUCUUUCUGGAGAAGCGGGUGACGGAGCUGGAGAAGGACACGGCCGCUAACGGCGAGCAGCACAGCCGCCUCAAGCAGGAAAACCUGCAGCUCGUGCACAGAGCGAACGCUCUCGAGGAACAGCUGAAGGAGCAGGAGCUGAGAGCCGACCAAACACUCCUGGAGGAGAUCAAGAAGCAGAGGGAGCUGCUGAGCAAAAUGGAGAGGGAGAAGAGCAUUGAGAUUGAGAACCUGCAGGCCAGGCUGCAGCAACUGGACGACGAGAACAGCGAGCUGAGAUCCUGCGUCCCUUGUUUAAAAGCCAACAUUGAGAGACUUGAGGAGGAGAAGCAGAAGCUGCUGGAUGAGAUCGAAGACCUCACUGUGCAGCUCGCGGAGGAGCAGGAGAAAAAGAGGAAGAUGGGGGACAAGCUGAGUCAGGAGAGGCACCAGUUUCAGAAGGAGAAGGAGUCGACGCAGGAGCUCAUUGAGGACCUCAGGAAGCAGCUUGAGCACUUGCAACUCUUCAAACUGGAAGCUGAGCAGCGAAGAGGCAGGAGCAGCAGCAUGGGGCUCCAGGAGUACAACAGCAGGACGCGGGAGACGGAGCUGGAGCAGGAGAUCAAGCAGCUCAAGCAGGAUAACAGGAACCUGAAGGAACAGAACGAUGAGCUGAACGGGCAGAUCAUUAACUUGAGCAUCCAGGGAGCCAAGAACCUCUUCUCAGCCUCCUUCUCUGAAUCCCUGGCAGCGGAGAUCAGCUCGGUCUCCAGAGACGAGCUCAUGGAAGCAAUUCAGAAGCAAGAGGAGAUCAACUUCCGCUUGCAGGAUUACAUUGACAGGAUCAUCGUGGCCAUCAUGGAGACGAAUCCCUCCAUCCUGGAAGUGAAGUAAGGGCGGCUGAGAGCCGCCGGCCGUUCGCUCGUCGAUGGGUGUGGAUUUGGUGCUCUGAGAGGAUAAAGAGGGACUCGAAACGUCUUUGCUCUUGAUGAAGGCACGGGGAAGCAUCGCGUCGGAUCGGUGGGUGAAUUAGCCAGCGGACCAGGGAAAAAGAAAACCAGCAGCAAGGCUUUGUUGUCUGACUCCGUUAUUUUGAAACCCUUCUGGUUUUGAAGGGUGAAAGGGAACCUGGAGAAGAAACAGGCAACGGACAGCUGGAGGAAGGACCUGUAUCGGCCCCGCUACCCGUGAAGCUGGGAACUGUCCCGACAGCGUCGUCAGAGCCUCUGGCGCGCAGGGUGAGAACAGGCGCUCUAAGGAGAGGGUUUCUCUGAACCGCGGGAUAACGGGACGGAGAAGGAAGCAGCGGCGCUGACGUUUUCCCUUGCUGCCCUGUCCGGCCCCAGUAUCUGCUUUGCCAAAGUGUCCCCGACACACUCACUCACUGGGGCAGAUCUGGGAAAGAGGGAAAUGCGUCUCGGACUUGUAGAGGUUGUGUUUGGUUGGUUGGUUUUGGGUUUGUUUUUUUUUUUUUUAAAUUAACUUAAUGCAAAUGUCCUCAUUCAGCUGGCGCAGUUAAUCCUCGCCCUGCCGCUUCUGCUUGGGAAGGGGUCGCGUGCAGAGAGCUCGCUGGCUCCUCUCGCGCUUGCCGGUGGCAGGAGGAGGCAGGGGAGCGGCCGUUUUCGGGACAGGGCGUUAAGCGCACUUUGUCACCUGCCUCCUUAUUUAUUUUUGCUGUCCAUGGCUCGCUACCGUCGGCACACCUUGGUGUUCGCGGCUCUGCUGUCCUCCUCCCGGCUCUUCUGCCGACCGCUUUGCAGGGUCUACGGGUGUCUGUCGAGCCAGGCUGGCUCUGGGAGGAGAGAUCCCCUCGGCCCCAGCCGCAGACACGCGGGCGCUGCCUGGCCGGCCUGCGGGGACCGACUCUUCGCCUUGCGCUGGAGCCCGGUCCCGGCCGCCUCUCCCCACGCUGGCCCGGCGCAGGGGCGCGCGGCGGAGAGGGCUGAGCUCUCCACGUUGCCUCCCGAGGUCCCUUGGCCUGGGGACGGUGGCCUGUGCCGUUCCCGCCUCGGAGCAGGGCUCUGCUGGUGAUAGCCGCAGUCCUGGAGGGAGAGCCCGCUCCGGCCGCCUUUCCCCGCCGUCUGCCUGUGCUGCGGCAGGGGACGGAGCAGCCCCUCUCGGUUUUCAGGCCCUGGCGAUGAGCCUGGGCUGAAAUCUCGGUGCAUUGGGGAGAGGAGACCUGAGAAUACAAGAGCUGGGAAAACAAAAGCCAUGUUUACAUCAGACAGCUUUUGGCUUGCUGGCGCAAGCGGCCGUGGCGUAACGUGACCGACCGCUUUAACCGACCUGCUCCUGCCCGGCUCCGGGAGGAGAGCGCCAGUGGGCUCCCAAGGAUCCAGCUUCACUUCGUGCGUCGGGCCCCAAAAAGCGGUUCUUUUUCCUGCUUGUCAGGUUUUAGAAAUGCCACAGCGGCCUGAAAGCAGAAGCCACAGCGAUCCCUUGGCCGCCGGCAGCGGGGCGGGGGGGGUUUGCCCGCUCCUCCCCAAAACACUUCCACGCACACGGCGCACCUCUCUUCCCACGCUGGCGCGGUGGCAGAGCACCCGGCUCGCCGUUUGUCCCCGGAGGGUGCCGCUGGCCGGGAGAGGUGGCAGCCGCCACAGCCUUAGUCCCUGCUUGGGGUGGGGGGGUCCCCGGUGGCCCCGGGGCAAGCGGCUGAGACUCGGAGCCAGCCCAACCGCCGCCGCCGUGACCUUCCCUCUUCCACCCCCUCUUCAAACGCAUCGCCUCUGGGUGCUCCAACCCCCGCCCCCCCCCCCCCCCCCGUGGCCUUGUGCGAGGUGCAGCGGGGCGAGCCCCAAAAAACCUUGGGGGGGGGGGGGGCACCCAGCGCUCCCGCACCCACCCCGUCCCCUCCACCCAGCCCUCCCCGGCAUCCACUCCCGUCCCUGCCCCGAGUCCGCGGGAAGAAGCCACGUAAUGUACAUUUCCAGAGAAGCUUCGGGUGUAAAUCAGUGUAUACUUGGAGAGGGAAAAUUUUUCUAUCUUGUAGAGUAGGUAUUUUUAUAGAAUGAAGGUUGAUCAUUUUUUUAAUACUUUAAAGAAGAGAGAAAUGUAUGUGUAUACACAAAAGCAUAUAUAUAUAUAUGUAUAAAUAUAUAAAUAUCGGAGAUCUGCCUUUCUCGACUUGGGAUCAUGGAUCCCCAGUUCAAACAAUCGUCUUUUUUCCUGUCGCUCACAAAGAGGUACUGUAACUGUAAAUAAGCACCGGGAAAAAGUUUUAAGCAAACAAAGCACUGACUUGCACAUUCACCAUGCUUUAAGGUCCCUAUUAAAAAAAAAAAAAAAAAAAAGAGAAAAAAAAAAAAGGAAAACAACAAAAACUGUACUCCUCAAAAAUGUUCCUUUUUCCCCACCGGUAUGUGAAGGAAGUCCCAAAAAAAAGAGGCAAAAACAGUAUUGUCUUAAAUGAUGUAUCGAUUCUUGUCAGAUUAAAAGCUGUUACUAUUCCUGCCCAGAGAGUU